AUGGAAGCCUCACUCAGCUUUGAGGGAUGCACACUUAGCAGCCUUCCACACGCGCUGCCUUCCCUUCUGGAUGGAAAGCUUGAGUUGAUGCAGAACGAGGGAAUCGAGAACAGACAUCGCACCGCGAGUGUGGGCUUCUACAUUGGCGACCCGUGCAACCAGACAUGCAGCCGCGUUCUGUACCACGUGUUCUGCAACGUCACCUCCCGACGCUGCGAGUGCAGGCCGGAGUAUCCUGUCAACAUCGACAACAGACAGUGUGUCAAAGCUUCGUCGCUGGGCGGCCACUGCGACCACGACGAGGCGUGUGCCUUUUCGGUGACUCACUCGUCCUGCCAGAGCAACGAGUGUCGCUGCCUCGAUGGACACGAGCCCGACGCACACGCCACCAAGUGCACGCCCACUCGCGGUGUGGCCAUCCUGGAAAAUGCCGAGCUGACGACCAUGGUGAGCGUCAUCGUGGCGCUGAUGGUGUUCACGGCGCUCUUCUGCCUCGUCCUUAGGCUCUUCAGCAAAGCCCGUUUCGGCACAUCCGGGCGCGAUCGCAUGGGUGACGCUGCCUCUCCGCCCCCGGGACCCGCCGUGCUCAGCUCCGUGGACGGGUCCCUGGCUCAGGCGCCGGGCACCAAGGGACCAGGACCCGGGUCCCGGCGCACCUCCCGCAACUCGGUGGACUACGCGGCCUCGCGUCGGGCCAGUUACGGCAUGCUCGCGCCGCCCGCGGACUCGCAGAGCUGUUCCCGCCGCGCAAGCGGCUCCUCGGUCAGGUCGCAGACCUCGCAGCGGUCGGCGGCGUCCAACAGGAGCGGCUCGCUGUCCAGGGUCGGCUCCAGGCAGACCCCGGCUGCGGCAAAAGGAGGCGCCGAGGGCUCUGUCGCCGUCGCCGCCACCGUCGCCGCUGCUGCAACCACCGAGAUCUCGGGCACCGAGGACGAAGACGAACGGGUCCCGCCGGCGCCCCCGCCGGCCACCGUCGGGGGCCAGCAGAGGAAGCCGCCGCACGAGCCCGUGCGCGGGGCCGCCUCGUCGCCGAUAAACGCGACGACGCGCGCGGACCCCGUGGCCGAACAGCCCAUCACGCGGCCGCUCCGGUCGCCGCUCUCGCACGACGUGCGCGACAAGGAAGUCACCGGCUACGCAACGGCUCCAAGUUUUGAGUAACCUGCAGCACACUACGUUUUGGGGCACCGUAGCGUGGAGGCGUAGCCAGUGACGUCGCAAAAGUGUGAUGUCAAGCAGCGGCGCAAGUUUCAUGGACUGGGCCGCUGACGUCACGGAACAUCUGCGAGCACACCCGCACGUGGUGCCCAAACCAUGCGAGAGUUCGUCCACGUAGGAACUGUAGAGCCAGCACGAUAUAGAACAGUAGCGUGCCAGCGUAAAUAGGAGUCGCAAGACGUGAAGAUGAAGUCGACGGCGUCACGAAUCACGUGAUCGGCAGAACGCGCGAGAACCAGUGAAAGUGAGAGGAAGACGCUGCAUUGCUCACGCUGACCGCGCGUGCGCGAGAUAGUACGCCGACUUGUUUUGAGGUGUCGAAGGGAACGCAUUGAUUGCCGGCGGCAUUUUAGAGCCGCUCCGCACUGUUAUUUCUCUAGCGAAGAAUCCAACAACGGGUGCUGUAAUAAUGGCUAAUCAAACACGGCGAUACGUAAGAGCAGCCGAGGUGAGAUUGUUGAUGAGGUGUGUUUCGACGCAUUUUGCGCAAGUAGCGAAAAUCUAGAAGAGGCAUGUAUCUUCGGGUUUUCCGCUAAUACGCAACUGUUUCUGGCGACAGGAAGAAUGAAAGAGCGGUCAUAACGUUGGGCCAGAGCAUUAAAUCGCCGCCAUUCUCGGAGGAAGUAUACUGCGAGCCAUUCUUGCGACUAUUGACACGUACGUUAGCACCCGCGGCAAAGAAAUCGUGAGUUGAUCUUAGAAUAGUCACCCUUAUACACAACGUACAGCGUCGGGAUGACACAUAAGUGCCCAUGCCCCAAGCUCUACAACAUCACACGCCAACAUUCCUGAUUACGCGAAUUCACGCGAAAUAACGCAACCACUUUCCUCGGAAAAUGAGUUUUAAUCUACAUUAUAUUCGCUUCUGUGAACCAGAGCGCCUUGGAAGAAGUUGUUCUAACUGAUAAUUUUAAGAAGCAACAAUUCUAUAAGCUUUCUGCCUUGCAGGAUUUCUAAUACUGUAAAGUCAAAGCUAUGCACACCUCCCGCUAUUCCCUACAUUUCGUUUAGCAUUCUCCGAAUUCUUCAAGAAGACAAAACAAAUGAAGAAAUUGUUAGAAACGUGACGUGCAAGUCGGUCUCACAUGGCAGCCUUGUUCGAGAAAAGCACUGAUUAUGAACAAAGCUGCUGUCUUGGAGCCGAAACGUCAUGUUUGUUUUAAUUUCGGCUUCCUGGUUUUGUUUGAUUUAUUAUCCUUCCCGGCAAGAAGAGAUUUAGUCAGACUCUCGGUUUUACCGGAUGCUUUGCGCAGUUUGUUAUUAUUUCAUGCUCUGCUUGUUCAAGCAGCUGGUCUGUAUUAAGCUAAGUUCUUUCUGUGAUUUGAAGAAGUAAAAUAUUUCAUAAAUAUUGUCCUGAACAGUGAUGUAGAUACCGAACACAGU